AUGCGAUGAAGUUGGAGAUCUGGCCGCUGGCCCCGGUGCAGACCAAGUCGGUAGGUUCGAAAGUGCUCCUGACGUGCCGGAUCGCGGCCGGCGGCUCCAUCCAGGAGGUGCGCGACCUCCACUGGCUGGACCCGCAGAACCGGACGAUCGACAACAACAACCCCCUGCUCAAGGACCGAAUAACCACCAUGCACAUGCCCAACGAUAAGUCGCUCCUCCUCAUCUUCCAGGACCUCCGCGCGGACGAUGGAGGGCAGUACACCUGCGUCGGCUCCUACUCCAACGCCGAGCAGCUCGCCGCCUCCGUCCUCAUCGAGACCAUCCAACCGAUCAUGUGGGUGGACGCGCCGACCGUGCAGAACCCGAUCAAAGGGAAGGAAGGGAAGAUCAAAUGUCGAGUGAACGCCAACCCCUCGCCGAACGUGGACUUGCUGCGGAACGGCGUGGCCAUCCAGUCGGGCGACCGCUACGUCAUCGAGACGGACGGCCUCACCAUUAAGAACGUCCAGGAAUCCGACGACGGGUCCUACAUCUGCCGCGCCGUCGUCAUCCAGACCGGAGAGUUCGCCGAAAGAGUCAUCAAAGUCGAGGUUCAAUCUCCCCCAGUCAUUGACGAUUCAAUGAUUUCGGAAAUCAAAGUCACAGAAGGCGAGUCAGCCAGCAUCGCCUGCAAAGCAUACGCUAAGCCGCCCCCGUCCUAUUCAUGGAUUAAGGAAUCGACGAAACAGAAUUUGGGAGUUGGCAGCGAACGAUUCAUGGUUAACGAGCACACCGGUAUCUUGACAAUCAACCAUGCCCUGAAAGAUGAUGAUGGCGAGUUUCGUUGUGUAGCUAACAAUCCCGCUGGCAGUGUCGAGAAAGCAGUGAAAGUGACAGUGAUUGUCAAGCCGAAAAUUUUCAAUCUAAGAAACAUUUCUGCGGCCGUCAACCAUGAGGCCAAACUCGAAUGUCAAGCUACUGGCAACCCGCUUCCUAAUAUCUCUUUCAGGAAAUUAAGCUCUGAAACUUCGUUCGUUUUGGGAGUGCAGUCUACAGAUUCCAGAAUCAGUGUUGAAAUAGCGAAAAACCAAGUGAAAGGAGAAGUGACUGCAACCUUGAUUAUUUCACAGCUUAGAAGGGAAGACGAUGGAUUAUACGCUUGUACUGCUGAGAACAAGGGAGGGAAAGAAAUAAAGAAUGGCCAUCUAACAGUGGAAUUUCCACCAUCGUUCAAGAAUUCGCCUAUCAAAGAAGCCUGGUCUUGGAACAGGAUGCCUGUGAACCUAACGUGCCUUGCUGAAAGUAUACCAAACGCUACUAUUACAUGGGAAUUGAAUAAUCGUCUAAUUGAAGGCGAAUAUACCUUCAGAAAGUACGGAAAUGGACCUGAAAGCACUUUGACUGUGACCCCAUCUGACGCUAGAUUUUAUGGACAUUACAAAUGUGUUGCAAGAAAUAAUCAUGGUGAAGCAAAGCAUAUCAUUGAACUGAAAGAGGCUCGUGCACCUUCAGCUGUCCAACAAGCAAGACCCACAAUAGUCACUGCCAAUACAAUCAAUUUUGACAUCGUUGGUCCUAAUGACCAUGGUGGACAGAAAAUCAAAGCUUACGUCGUACAGUACAAAACCGACCGAGACCGUGACUGGCAUAUGGCUAGAAAUCACACCUGGACCGUUGAUGCUGCCCACAUUCUUGAAAACUUGAGGCCGAACACCAAGUAUAUAUUCAGGUUCGCUGCAGUGAAUGAUGUAGGUGAGGGUCCAUACAGCGCCCUUGUUGAGCAGUUUAUGCCUGCAACUUCUGCCCCGCAAGUGCCAGCCAUCGUAACACAGCCCGGUCCCGAUGGCUACAUUUAUUCCAAUUACUCAAGUCUUGCACAGAUCAGGUGGAGGAUCCCUCACAACAAUGGUGCACCUAUUAUCAAGUACACACUCACUUACUGUGUGGUUGAAGACACAGGUCUUGAAAGGCGAGUAGUCAGAUCAACUUGUAGACAGUCUGAAGUUAAUUCAGAACGAACAACAGUUUAUGACUUCAGAGAUCUCAGGCCCGAUACGACGUACAAAUUUGAAGUACGGGCACAAAACCAGAUUGGUUUCAGCCAGCCUGCAGAAGCAUACGUGCGGACAGCCAAAGGCUCAAUAGACAGUCAGAUGCAUACAGUACCAAGUGACCGACUGAGCAGUGCUGUUCUUGUAUUAGUUGUAGUUGCUGCCUUAUUUGGGAUUCUCGUCAUAGUUGAUGUAUCUUGUUUCUUCUUCAAUGAGACAGGUUUACUUUCACUUGCAUGCAGCUCACUGUGUGGGAAGAAAAAGAAACAUGCAAAAGAUGAUGAUCCCAAACUGGGCAGUGAGGCCAAAGAACUGUUAAAUGGGCAUCGUGACAGCAAAGUUAGAAUCGAUUCAAAUAUGGAUGACAGUAUGAAGAAGAAUAUGCAAGUCAAUUAUGAUAUGAAGAAAUCAAUUUCCAAAACUAGUUUUGUUGGUAAAGAUUCUGCGGUUUAGUGGCCGUUGUUACUGGAGAAAGGUUACGAACGACCCGAACCUGAACUGAUGACUUUCUGUUGAAUCCAUCAGAAGUCAAGAAUCACCCAUCUUGUGAGCAGCUUGGUUUUUUGUAAUUAUUCGUGUAAUUAAAGUUAGGUGUAAUGUAAUUAAGGUGCUUAAGAGUUUGUAUUGUUUGUUUAAUUUGAUUGUCUUCGUUAUCCGAUAAUUGCCAACCGACUUGCGUCCAUGAAAAUUUGAUUUUGCACAGAAUUGAUAUUUGUUAAUAUUUAUGUAAUACCUCCAGUUGUUGCAUUUCUAAUUCAACCAAUCGGUAAUUCAUACUAACGCCUCUGUUUCUUUUUAAAAGUAUGAAUGUUUGAAAGUAUUUGUGAUUCUUUUUUGACAGUAUUCAUUCUCAGUGUAAAUGAUCAAUAUUCUUAGUCCUGUCCAAUCUGUAUCAAUAUUAUUCUUUUCUUUUGAUUCAAAUGGAAUUUUAAUUUAUAAAAAGUAACUUUUUAUAAAGAAAUUCAAACAGGGAUUUUAAAUUUAGCCUUUUUCGUUUCUUUUUUUUUGCGCUGAGACGUGCAGCCAAUGCAACACUGCCGUUUUCCUGUUUUGUUUUUUUUUAAUUUUUUAAAAAGAAAAUAGGUAACCAAUUUUAUUUUUGAGCGCAGGAGUAGGUGAAAUUUCAAAAUAUUGGUUUGCUAUCACUGCAAAAGAGUUCAUGUGAUACUUGCCCACCGUUUAAUGUAUGAAUGUUGGGAGUGAAUGCAAGAAUGUUCAUAGUAAAUGCCUAAGUUUUAUAAAAUGCAAUGUUGAAUGAAACAUGUCUAUCUCAAGCUAUGGGUUCCUUGUCAGUUUCUGAUUGUACCCUUUUGUACCAGCAAACAUGAGAUGAGAGAGUCAGGUUGAACCUCAAAAAGAAGGAGUAUGCAUUUCGGUAGAUUUUAGUAAAGAUCAAGUUAUCAACAAUCUGCAACCACCUUGAAGAAAAAAGGGAGGAAAGAAAUAGAUUCAGAAAAAAAUCAUUGUUGUUCGUAAUAAGAAACUAUGAAAGCCACAUAUAGCUACAUAACUGUAUUUGUAUCAUUGAAUUUUUGUUCUCUAUAUGAAGGAAGAUGGAAAAAGUCUGAUCAGUAAUUUAAGUUUACUGUGCUUUUUGUUACUUUUGAUGCAUUUUUUGAUAAUUCGAGACAGAGAUAAGAAAAAUUGGGUAGGUACAUCAUGAUUUUUAGGCCAAAGGAUAACUGUCUGCCGUAGAUUGUGAACUGUAUUUGGUAGCAGUGAUACAGUUAUUAUCUCUAUUAUUGUGAUAUGUACCGUCGAUUUUAUAACCUUUUUUAAUAGUUUUUAAUAUUCUUCAACAAUUUCAAGGACUAGAUAAUACUGAUGUAAACCCGCUUUGUGGAAUUGCGACUGAAAUUUUGUAUUAUUUUUUCUUUCAAAAGGCGAUGAUUGGUAAAAGUGAUAGUCAGGUCAUGAUUGUAAUUUUUGUACAUAGAUAAACUAUCUGUGUAAUAUUUCUAUCCUUUUGAUUGUUUUUCUUUUCGUUGCAUUUUUUAUCUUCUAUUCUGUUUUAUUUAUAUUUCUCUCGCUGACAAUCUGAAAACAGUAUCUCUUACAAUUAAAGGAAAAGAAAGAUUGUUUCUUCUUUUUUUCCUUUUUCUUUGUAACUACUCAUCAACUUAAGUUAAAAGAGGAAUUUAAACUGUAAUCUUAAUGUUUUAUGUGUAUUUUAAAUUUAAAGCUUUUUAAUUUGAAAGUAAGAAAUCGAGCUGCUUAAAUAAAUGUAAUUAUCAGUGUGAUCAUUUCACAAGGGUUUAAUCCUUGUUUUAAUUUUACUCUUCCACCCUCACUUGUAUCUCAACUAAUCAGAGAUUUUACCAGAUACUGGGAUAUUUUCACCUUUAAUGACGAUUACCGAUUACUUUAUAAUAUGUAUUUACAUCAUAUUUUAUGUAUUUUGUCCCCCCUCCCCCUCGUUUUUCAAGGGCAUUAUCUCCCCUCUAUUUUAUCUUGCCUGAUCAUAGAUGUUAUGUUAAAAAGAGUUCCAAAACACUUAUGAAUGCUUCAACGAUAAGCAACACAUGAAGUUUCUAAAUAUUCCUUUUCUGUGUGUACAAAAAAAGUAGGUGUGAACUUCUUUUCUGAGUGUCUUGGUCAAAAAAUAUGCUUUGUAAAAUUGCAAUAAAUUGUGCAUUUUGACUAACUUAUUUUUAAAUUUUUAUUUUAUAUUUGUUAUAGGGAAUAAAAGUUUCCUGUAAAAAUUUAAAUGAAUGUAGUAAAAGUACAUAUUACCCCUUUUUUUGUGUUUUAAACCAAUAGCCCUUCAUCAUUUGGUCUAAAGCAUUCCACGAUCACAAAAUUUAACAGAAGUAACAGAUGUCUCUACAACAAAACAUUUUAUCAUCUCAAUUCUAGUCAGUAACUUGAAAUUCACUUACAUUGCACGUGUUAAUGUGUAAGAAAAUAAUGUUUAACAUGCAAGAGAGUUGGCCCCUUUAUCUCUCUAUUUACAAUUAGUGUUUUAGUUACUUAUUUACCCUUUCCACUCUAAAAUAAAAAUUGUACAGUUAAUUUUUUUCUACGCAAAAACAUUACAAUGGUGAUGAUUGAUGCGCCUUUGAAAUUAAAUAAUUUUAAAUUGAAUCUUGACCUCAGUUAAUUUUAAAGUCAAUUUAUAUUCUCUUCAAAAUUAUAAUUCUCAUUUAAUUUAAAGAGUGUCGAUCAUAGUAUCAGGACAAGAUAUCCAGCAUGCAGCAAUAAGUUUCUUUUUUAUAAUGAAUCGUCCUUUGAGAAUAAACGCAGAAGCAAGCAAUUUAUCAUGGAUUUUUAAUGAAAUAUACUAAGGGAUGACUAAAGUGGCAUCCCUUUGAAUAUUUGCAAAUGUUCACACCUCUCAUGCUGUGUUGGAAGUCUAUUCUUAAGAGAAGAUUGUUUACAUCAAGAGAAAACACGUAGCCUUCAUCAUCUUUUGUAGUGUUUUUCAACUGUACAUCUAGUAUUAAGACUCUGCUUUUAGUGUUAAUACCAUAUCCUGUGAGUUUAUUGCAAACACGCAUCAGCAUCAACUUUGUACUUAUUCGAACAACUAACCUGUGAUUUUCCUUUUUUUUAUGGAGUAAUUAAAAGACUUGUAUGUAAUCCUUUUGAUGUAAGUACUGUAGUUUAAUCUCUUUUAAUUUUAUUUUUCUCUGUAUUUAAUUAAUGGAGGAAAAUGAUAAAACCAAUUUAAUCCAAUAAUGCAACAAAAACAGAGAAAAUUUCUAAUAAUUACAUUCUUGCUCUUUCACUUAGAAUGACAAACAUCUGAGAAAACAGUUUUUCCACAUCUUUCAAAAUACUCUAAUUUUUUAAUAGAAAGCAUUCUCUCAUUUCCGCAUCAGAAAAUUAUAAUUUAAUUCUUUCCUUAGAACAUGGAAGUGGAAUGCAGAAUCUUUAGCCCAAAUGCACCAUUCAGCACUGAAUCCAAACUCGUUGUCAAGAAUGAAUCCAGAAUCACAUUGGACAUUUCUUUGAUUCAAUUUUGUAUUAUGAUAUGUUUACAGAGCAUUAUGAAACCCUCUCUCAAGAUCAAUAAAUAAAUCUUAUAAGCACUUAUAUAUGUAUAGAUCUCCUGAGAUUCAUUCCGAGACGGCCUCUUGCAAUGGAGUUGCCCUUAUGAAUCAGCAAGUAGAGUCUUGGAUCAGAACAUCACCUCAGGCAACAGUGCAACUUGUUUAGUACAUAUGAAGUGUUCAAGCCGGAGGAGUUCAAGUGCUAGGAAAAUAUACUUACAUUCUGUGUAUGACUCAUUUCUUAAACCUGCAUUUCGAAGUUUCUUUCACCAUUAUUUGUUGUGUUUGUUCUCUUUCUUAAUUACUUGGAUAUCGUGGUAAAGGAACGUCGAGCUCAAUGCAAUAAAAUUUCAGAAAGCCCUAUAGAGGCAGAGCAUAGCUUUUCUCAGUAGGUAUAUCCCAAAUCAUGAUCUAAAGGAAAAAUUGCAAGUGUAUAAAAAAUAUUUAAUUUGUCCCGAAAGAGGACUAAUAUUAUUUACUUAAAUUAAACUCAGAAAUUUCUUUGAUCAUGAGAAAAUCAAAGGGAGUAUUUGCUAAAAUCCCUGGAAAUCUUUAAUCCAUGUUCUUAGUCAUUUACAUUUUGUCGAAAUCAUGCAGAAAGCCGUAUCUGAGCAAGUAUCAUUCUCUCAAAGAAAGAAAUAAUCCUUUUUAUCAAUGAACAGAGGAUAAGACUUAUGGAAAGACUUCCAAGAAUAAUUGAAGACUUAGAUUAAUUAUCUCUGUGAGAGGUAUGAUUCUUGGUGAGAAGAGGGUGUAUCCCCCUGCGAAUCGUAGAAUUGUUGCUGGGAUCAAAUUUAGAAAAAGACAGAUUUACUUUAUUUUUUCACCGCAAUGUAUCUGAAACUAUAUAUACAUCUAAUUUGUAGUCACUAAGCCCUUGUACUUAUUUUAUACUACGUUUUUACUGUCCCUCUUCUGUACAUAUGCUUUUGAAGUUCUGUAAAACCAUAGUUAUCUUUUUUAUGAUUCUCCUUUAUGAUCAAAUUUUAUAACUGGUCUAUUUGUCACUAUGAUGUCUUUUUAUUUCUAACAGUAUCUCCUCAUGAAGCUAAAUGCGUAUUUUAUUGUUUAAUUUUCUCAAUGAUGGUUCGAGCUUCAUAUUUCAAACAUAGUAUAGUAAGUUACUGUAAGUAACUAGAGUAAGUCACUCACAUGUUCGCUGAAACACAGUUAUCUGACAUUAGUAAUUACACUAAUUAAAGUAAUCAAAUUAAAACCCAGGGUAAUUACAAAAGAAAAAUACUCUCUUACUCUAUUGCCGUCAUAUUCCUCAACUUUUUGAUUUGUUAGCUCCUUUUUGGACUGCUAACAACGAGCAUCUGUUUAUCUAUUUCACAUUCUGUUACCUAGGAUCCUCAAAAAAUUUAAUUUUUACAGAGAAAAUAUCGAUUUCUCUGGAAGUUGUUGGAAAAACAUUAUUAUUAAUCGAGUUUUUCUAUUUAUUCGCUGUGAAUUUUGCAUAAAUUAAGCAGUAUUUGUCUGAGUAAGAAAGUGUGACUAGAACUUCAUAAAAUUUAGGGCAGCCUUGAUCAGUAAUAUAAAACCGUGUUCUGUGUGUACAAAAACUUUUGCCACUUGGUCCCAACUCCACUCACUCAUAAUUUCUGUCAACUCUCAUUAAUUUUGUGCAUGAAACAAAAUAAUGUUAUUUUCAAGCGUAUUGUGUACAAGUACGCUUUUGUUUUUGUGUACAAAAUAGGAAUGUAAGUGUCUUCUUUAUUUUUUUUAAACAUACCCUUAAUAUUUCCUCAAAUAAAUUCAAUACUUUGUA